AUGGUUGUUCUUCUCUUUGUAAUGGUUUGCGCUGUGUACAUUUGCUCGAUUUGUCUGAAACAAAUAGGAGUCAGUCCCAUUAACUAUGGUUUCUUGAACGUUGAAGUCUUUGAGAGACCUUGUCCUGAGCCUAACAUUGAACCAUGGGACAUUCCAUUUGUGCAUUACCCUAAACCAAAGACAUAUAACAGGGAUGAAUGUUCUUGCCAACCGGUUAGAUAUUUUGCGAUUCUCUCGAUGCAGAGAUCUGGUAGUGGCUGGUUUGAGACUUUACUUAACAAUCAUACCAACAUAAGCUCGAAUGGAGAGAUCUUUUCGGUAAAAGAUAGGAGGGCUAAUGUUUCGACCAUUUUUGAGACACUUGACAAAGUCUAUAAUCUAGAUUGGUUGAGUAGUGCCUCUAAGAAUGAGUGCACUUCCGCUGUUGGCUUCAAAUGGAUGCUUAAUCAGGGUUUGAUGAAACAUCAUGAAGAAAUAGUAGAAUACUUUAAAACCCGAGGCGUCUCUGCAAUUUUCCUCUUCAGAAGAAACAUACUGCGGCGCAUGAUAUCAGUACUCGCAAACUCUUAUGACAGAGAUGCUAAGCUAUUAAACGGGACUCACAAAUCUCACGUCCAUUCGCCCAAAGAGGCUGAGAUAUUAGCGGGUUAUAAGCCAAUGAUCAACACAACACUUUUGGUAACCGAUCUCAAACAGGUUCAAGAAAUUACUUUGAAAGCAUUGGCUUACUUUAAUACCACUCGCCAUAUACUUAUCUACUACGAAGAUGUUGUCAAGAACCGCACGAGACUAGACGAUGUACAGGAGUUUCUAAAGGUACCAAAACGUGAGUUAAAGAGUCGGCAAGUGAAGAUUCAUCGAGGUUCAUUGUCACAACAUGUACAGAAUUGGGAAGAGGUCCAAACCACACUAAAAGGAACUCUUUUUGAGAACUUCUUACACCAAGAUUUUUAA